AUGGGCACGUUCGUGACCCUGGCAGAGGUGCUGGAGGCCCGGGGGUCACCUCUGGAGGAGGAUGAGGUAUGGCGUCUGCUUUUGGGCACCGCCGAGGCCUUAACGGACAUCUCCCACAAAGGUCCUGGUAACAUGUGCAGUGUACUGAGCCCCGGCUCUAUGUUACUGUCAGCCAGUGGGAAACUUGCUUUUAAAAGCUGUGCCCGGUCAGGGGACCUGGGCUCCUUCACUGCUCCAGAGGUACAGGAUGGACACGCUGCCUCCAACAGGACAGCCUCAGAAAAGAUGGUUGUAUAUUCCCUAGGAAUGACCCUCUACUGGUCCGUUGAUUAUCAACUACCUCAAAACCAGCCCAUUCAGCUGAGUGGCAAACUGAACAACCUGUUGCUGAGCAUGUGUGAGGACACGGUCCAGAGACGAGCAGAUCUCGUGACUGUGCUGGAGACCUGUGACCAGCACAUCAAGACUGCUCAACUGCCCCCACCAGAGAAGCUCAUCAAACAGCUAGUAGAAGAUGUGUUUAGGGACUCUGUCAAUCAUGUGUCUAUGGCUGAGAAUGGUCCUCAACUUACUGACCAGAGUCAGAUGGUCAGAGAGAGGAUUCACAGUUUCUCAGGAAGUGCCUCGUACCAUAACUCUACCUGGGCGCUGAGAAACAGAAGCAACUCAACAUUCCAAGCCGAUCCUUACAGAAUUGCCCAGGGGUUACGUCACAGAGAGAGUUACUGCAGCUAUCAAUUCCGUAACCCCUGUAGCCCUUACCUGGAUGGCUUUCGCCGUGGCAGCAUCAGACCUAUACCAUAUGUGUAUCUGAACGAGUCCACUGUCAGUCUUAAUGAAAAGACAGCCAAGGAUGUGGGUCCAGAGUUUUUUCGAAUGUUAGAUGAGCCACUGGUUGUCUUGGAGCUGCCCGGAUCCAUUGUUUCAAAGAAAGGGAAGUCUCCCUCCACUAUGAGGGAGCUGAGUGUGGUCAUGCCAAACGGACAGAGCAUCCUGGUUAAGUGUGACGUCAAGUCAGGAGGAGGGGAUGUCUUUGAUAUGAUUGUUGCCCACUCCAACCUGGUUGAACACUUCUACUUCGGCCUUGCUUACAUUGAUGAUAAUGAGUUUUUCUUCCUGGACAAUGACACAAAGAUAUCCAAGGUUGCCCCCGAUAGUUGGAGGAAAGUGCCUACGUCCACGUUUGUCCUUUUCUUCAGGGUCAAAUUCUUUGUCCACGACAUUGCUCUACUUUUGCACAAACUGACUCGUCACCAGUACUACUUACAGCUGAGGAAAGAUAUACUGGAGGACAGGUUGUCCUGCCAUGAAGAGACAGGCCUAUAUCUGGGUGCCUUGGCUCUCCAAGCAGAGUAUGGAGACUGCAUGCCUGAGGUUUAUGGGAGGAACUACUAUCGACCAGACCAGUACGUUGCCAAGAGCGUCAUGGAGAAAAGAGCCCUGCCUUACCUAAAGGAGGAGUUGCUACGGUUACAUGCCAACAACUCCACGAUGAGUACCGACGAGUCCGAGCUUGAGUUCCUCAAGGCCACCCAGCAGCUUCCUGAGUACGGUGUUCAGUUCUACCGCGUGGGGCGCGAGAAGAAGCCAGUCAUCGGAGAGCUGAUCCUAGGAGUGUGUGCCAGAGGAGUCAUAGUGUAUGAGGUUAAAGAUAGCUCUCGCUCCACGAGUCAGACAUUCCACUGGUGGGAAACAAACAGUAUCUCCUCCUCUUGUCGGAAAUUUGUAAUCGAGAGCAGAGGGAGCGUGAGAAAGCACACCUUUGUCACCGAGAGAUCCAAGACGGCCACAUACCUGUGCAACCUCUGCUCUGCCCAGCACAAGUUUCACAAUGAGAUGAACUCUCGCCAGCUCGGACACAGUCUGGCCUCAGAGGACAACAUAGUGCAAUAUGCGGCAGUGUGUUGGGCACAGAACAGCCAGAUGAACAGCCGGAUGAACAGGAACUCUGAGACCGUACUGACAGACAGCGGUCUGACCACACCGCAGGACGGCUCCAUGACCAAACUGUGUGAUGACAUCGCCGCCAAGAUCGAGGCGCGGAUCAAACAGCACCGUGUCCUCCACGAGCAGGGAAGGAGACCAUUGCCUGGGAAACUGUCUCCAGCCCUGACUCGUGGGUCUGGGAAGUGUGGGUCAGAGGUCAACCCCAUGUCCUCAGCAGGCAGAGAUGUUUUUGCCCAAACGAAGAGAGUCAUACCAAAGAGAGAAGUCAUUUGUGUGUGCUUAAAGAAAGACCCGAAGCUCGGCGUCGGUGUUGUGAUAGUUGGAGAAGACACGGUGGGGAAGUACGACCUGGGUAUCUUCAUAGCAUCCAUCGUGCGGGGAGGACCAGCGGAUAAAGAUGGCCGCAUCAGAGCAGGUGGCCGUCUGAUCUCUCUGAACCACACCAGUCUGGAGGGCAUGACCUUCAGUGAGGCUGCAGAGGUCAUGCAGAACAGCCCACAGGAGGUCACACUCAUCGUGACCCAGCCCAAAGUUUCCUCGACACCCAACAACGUGAGAUCUCCGCUAUUGAAGAACUACGAGUUCCAGACCACUUCGAGGACUAACAUGCGCUCUGGGGAGGACGACCUGGAUGAGAUCGUGUCUGUCAUGUUGACCCCAAAGACUGGCAGUAGACUGCAACUCCCUGAUGUACGCAUCCUCAACGCUCAGGACUGCCGCUCAAGGUCUCCUUCCACAAACUGCUUCAGGGGUGAUGAGAUCUCUGUGGAGCUGAAGAAGAAAGCUGGAGUAGGUUUAGGGAUCAGUAUCGCUGGUGGUGUGAACACAGGCCUGCGUCAUGGAGGUAUCUACAUCAAAAGCCUAGUCUGUGGAGGGGCUGCUGAGCAAGAUGGCCGCAUUCAGUCAGGUGACAGACUGCUGAAAGUUGAUGGAAUCAGGUUUCAAGGGUUCACAUAUCAGCAGGCUGUGGAAUGUCUGGCGAAAACAGGAAAGGUGGUGACCCUGGUCCUGGAGAGGGAGAACAUGAACAGCCUGCCCUGGGUGUCUCUGAGCCCAGACACAGGUUGCAGCCUCUCCCCUCAGAGUUCCCACCGGGACAUCACCCAGAAGAGGAACAACAGCUGCCCUGCCGUCAUCACCCCCUUCUUGGUCAAGCCCAAGGACUACAGCUUCGUGUCUGACGGGAACACUUUGGAGGUGACCUUGAAUAAGAGGCUGAAUAGCUUGGGCUUCAGCUUCCUGGUCCCUGAGCUCGACCCCUUGAAAGGAGACUCGGGCAGUGGUCUUGUCCGGAUCAAGACGCUUUUCCCUGGCCAGCCAGCGGAAGAGAGUGGGCGGAUCCAGGAGGGAGACGUCAUCCUGGCAGUCAAUGGAGAACCGCUGAAGGGAUUGUCCUACCAGAGGGUGGUCACGCUGCUGAGAGGCUCUCCUCCUGAAGUUCGGUUGUCUCUGUGCCGUCCUGCUCCAGGAAUUCUGCCUCCCAUUGAAACGUUGUUUGGCACCUGA